CUCAAAAUUCAACUAUAUAUACAAUCAAACUUUAAUAAAACUCCGCUUAAACUUUUUUUAUUUCUAUAAUUGAUCCUAAAUUCGCGACUGAAAGUUUUCGAGGAAGUUUGAGGGUUUUUGUCGAAUUAUGAAAAUUUUGCGCUGAUUGAAUUCCGCGCUAUAACUAUGGAAAAUUUACGUGAAAAAAUGGCUGCGCAUAUUUACGAGAAUUUACCUUUGAAAAAAUUGAACAAAAAUCUAUCCAGAUCGAAUAAAUUCACUUUUUCCGGUGAAUAUAAGAAGGAGAUCGUCAGUCCGGAGAUUCAAGAUUCCUUAGAGACGCUGCUUGGAGCUAAAUCUUCUGAAUCGGUUGAUAAAAAAAGUGUCAGCUCGAAAAACGAAUUCGGAAAUCUCAAGAUGAAUAACGAAGAAAAUAAUUGUAACCUCAUUGUACAGAAUAAAAAGGUUAAUUCGACACCUGUUUCGAAUUUAGACGACGGGUAUGGUUCUUCCAAUAGCACACCUCAAGUUUCAGGGAAAGGAAAUUCCAAAAAUCAAUACUAUUCUUCAAAUUUAGAAUUAUCAUGCUCGUUAAGAAAAAAAGAUCUUCACGUUCAAGUUGAAGAGGACGAGCGCGAAUCCUUUGUCCUUUCGACGAGUUCUAGUCAAGCCGCCGACGUGGAUCCGGAUUCCAUAACGGGCGGUCCAGAUGAUAAUCGCGAAACUUGGGGCUCCAACACCGACUUUUUAUUAUCCAUCAUUGGAUUCGCGGUCGAUUUGGCAAACGUCUGGCGGUUUCCAUAUCUUUGUUAUCGAAACGGCGGAGGUGCUUUUUUAAUACCUUAUACUUUGAUGUUGAUAUUCGGAGCCGUGCCAUUAUUUUAUAUGGAGCUGAUUCUCGGACAGUUUUACAGACAAGGUCCAGUCAGUUUAUGGCGAAUAUGCCCUUUAUUCAAAGGAGUUGGAUUUUGCGCUGUUCUUGUUUCAUUUUACGUAUCUUUUUAUUAUAAUGUAAUACUUGCAUGGGCUUUAUAUUUUAUUGGAUCUAGUAUCACAUCAGAUUUGCCAUGGUUACAUUGUAAUAAUACAUGGAAUACUGAAAAAUGUUGGGACAGCAUGAAUUCUAAUAAUAAUUCCCACAAUCCCCAUAGAUUCAGCAAUGAAUCAACCAGAACCAAUAAGCAUACUCCAGCUUCAGAAUUUUUCAAUCGAGCAGUAUUAGAAAUGCAAUGGAGCGACGGUUUACACGAAAUGGGAUCUCCAAAAUGGCAACUAGUUCUAUGUUUAAUGGUAAUUUAUUUUUUGCUAUACAUAUCAUUAUUCAAAGGAGUCAAAUCCACUGGAAAAGUCGUAUGGGUCACUGCAACGAUGCCAUAUGUUGUACUUACCAUAUUAUUAAUAAGAGGAUUGAUGCUACCAGGAGCGCUCAAAGGGAUCUCGUAUUACCUCCAACCUGAACUAUCAAAAUUGAGUAAAACACAAGUUUGGAUGGACGCUGCCGUUCAAAUAUUUUAUUCAGUCGGAGCCGGAUUCGGAGUGCAUCUCUCUUAUGCCAGUUAUAACACGUUUCAUAAUAAUUGUUACAGAGAUUGUAUUAUAACGACAAUAAUAAAUUGUUUUACAAGUUUUUUUUCGGGAUUUGUGAUAUUUACGUACCUGGGAUACAUGUCGUAUAAACAAGGAGUGCCUAUCGGAGACGUAGCGACCGAAGGACCUGGAUUGGUAUUUCAAGUUUAUCCAGAAGCAGUAGCUACUCUACCUGGAUCCCAAUUGUGGGCAAUAUUAUUUUUCUUCAUGUUAAUAAUGCUGGGAGUAGAUUCAGCAAUGGGCGGAUUGGAAUGUGUCAUCACCGGUUUAAUGGAUGAAUUUUCAAAUUUUUUUAAAAAUAAAAAAUAUUCAAGGGAAAUUUUCACAUUAGGUAUAAUAAUCUGUUCGUUUUGCGUUGCUUUAAUCAACGUUACCCCGGGUGGUAUUUACAUGUUCCAUUUAUUCGAUACAUAUUCUGCGGGUAUAUCGUUGCUGUGUUCAGCAAUAUUCGAAGCCGUUGCAGUAUCUUGGUUCUACGGGCUGGAUAAAUUCUCGCAAGAUGUAGAAGCAAUGCUCGGUAAGAAACCAGGAUUGUAUUGGAGAAUUUGCUGGAAAUUUGUCAGUCCUUCUUUUAUUAUAUGCGUAGUUAUGUUUGGCUUGUUUCAUCACGAACCUCUUCAAUAUAACGAUUAUUUUUAUCCAAUUUGGGCGGAAUGGAUCGGUUGGGCUCUAACUCUUUCCUCCAUAAUAAUGAUACCGUUGUUCGCGAUAAUACAAAUACUCAAAACCAAAGGAUCUUUAGCAGAGAGAUUAGCAUUAAGUAUUUCACCCAUAGAAGAACAUGAAGAAAUCAGAAGGACUAAACUUGCAAAAAGGUUUAAAGCAAAACAUUGGUUGUACGUGUAAAUGUUUAAAAUUAUUGUUAAUCGAGUUAAUGAGAAGCAAAAAAAGAAGAUGUUUCAGCCUACAACAUCUUCUUUAUAUAAAAUGGAAGAGAUUAUUAGAAAUUUAUAACGUAGAAGUGAUAAUUGUAGAAAAAUUAGACAUAAAAAGGAUUUGUUGGACCAAAAAUUAUCGAUGAUAAAAGAUUUAUUGAAAGUAUAGAUGAUAUAAUAUUAUUAUAAUAGAAAUUUAUUUUUUAAUUGUCUAAAAUUAUGAUAUUUAAGAAUAUUUUAACUAAAAUAAUGAAAAAACUCUACGAUAUUAUACAAAAACGAACAACUAAUUCAAUAGUCCUAAAUUUGAUUUCGCUUCUAGUCAACCAUUUGCUACCAACUCUUCUUUAUUUAAUAUUUUCUAACCAAAUAACAGUUUUUAUUGCCACUAAGAUUGAAAAAUGGUCAAAUAUCUUUAAAAAAAACGUCCUAAACAUUCCAAAUUCCAUAUUCCCGGAAUCGACUCGCAGCAUUUAUGCUUGCAGCUCUACAGUAAACUUCAACUAUGAAACUAUGUAACCGAUCUUCCAGAAUGUUUUUUCAACCAUUUGUUAGUUGUACGUUGCCAUUAAUCCUUUUUUUCCUCAUUUCAUCCACAGGGAAUUCAUCCUUUUUCGAUAUCCUACCAUAAUCAUCAUGCAACGUUUUUUUGUCUUGGUUCCACGGAAAGCCAACAUGGAAGCGAGAGCGGGAGAGACAUGUCGAGACGAAGCGACAGUACACUCUCCACUCGGUAUUUCUCGUGGUGUCUCGCAGCCUGGGACUUUCUCUGAAUCCGAUUUUGUCCCACAGCAACUUUUAGUACAUUCAAUCUUUCCAAUUAUUUCAAAUACAGCUCCGAGGAAUGCUUGGGAUCGUUGUCAUGCUGAAAGGUUAAUUUUCUGCCCAUCAGGCACUGGCCAGAACGCUACCUUUGGGCCCAUGAGUCUUCGAUCACGUUCACUAAUCAAUAAAAUUAUUUUCAGAGAUUUCUGCCAGAAUUUACUACAUUUUCCUUUAUUAUUUUUUUAUAGCCUUGUUUCUUCAAAAUCUCUCAAAUUUUUACCAGAUCUGCAGUAGCUCUUCCUCAAGAACAUCACCAAACCAUCAACGAGUCUCCGCCGUGUCUUACAGUCGAGAUUACACAUAGAUCUAACAUCUGUUCUUCAUUUGACCUGCGCACAGAUCCAAAAAUCUCAAACUUUGACUCAUCACUCCAUAAAACUCUCUCCCUUUCCCUUAAUAUCCUUUCCAUCAUAGAAGUACUCAGAUUCACUGAUGUGAGCUGCUACUUUUGGGCCCAUGAGUCGUGUAUCACGUUUACUGAUCAAUACAAUUAUUUAUAGAGGUUGCGGCCAGAAUUUACCACAUUUUCCUUUAUUAUUUUUUCAAAAUCUCUCCAUUUUUUACCAGAUCCGUAGUAGCUCUUCCUCUAAAACAUCCCCAAAGGGAAAUAUUAUUUCAAUUCUGGAGCCUGCUGAGGAUCACGAAGAAAGCAAUUCUUUUAUUGAUAAACACUCAUACAUUUUUAAACAAUUAUUUUGAAUAUGAGGGAAGUUUUCAGGAAUUUAAAAAAAUCAGAGUCAAAAAUUGCUGGAUUUGAAAAACAAGGAGAUAUAGCGCUGUAAAUUCGAACGUCUUUGUAUCGAACCUGGAAUUUAGUCUAAAAUUAACAACAACAUUCUCCGAUGAGAUUCAAGCACAUUAAGUUUACUAAACAAGCAGAUUUGGUUCCAAAUUUUCAUAUUUGGCUCUUUGGCUUAUAAGUUUGCCGAUUACUGUCCCAAACUAUGAAGACUAGCAAUUAAUAAACUGAUUUCGACCAUUAGUUUCUUGAUUUUACAUAUUUUUUAAAACAUCCAAGUCUGAAUUUACGAGAAAGAAAUCAACUCGUAUACGAACUUCACAAAAAGACGUCUUGGUUCAAAAAGUGUAAAUCACUGGUUUAACUAGGACUAAAAUACAAUCAUAAACAGAGUUUAAACAAAUAUUUUUACUAUUAUUUUUGGUUUUGGUUUGUUUCGACCUUCGAUAAUAAUGAGAAACUUGGACAAAAACUUUUGACCAGUAGUGCAGUUUCGUUGCAACUUAAAAUAUACAAAGUAAUCCGCAUAUUGAUGUUGAAUAUACCCAAAGUUUCGUAUUCAUUUCCUAUAUACGGUGCGAUGGAAAAAUGCGUGUAAAUCUAUUGUACAUAAAUUUUAAAAAAUCGGUGGCAAUCAUUUUAAUUAAAAUUUUAGAAAAUGUAUACUAAUCAUACAAGGUCCCCUUUCAUAUAUAGUUUGUUAAAAAUAUUUUGUAAAUAUAUAAAAACACAUGUACAAAAUUAGAUACGUAAAACUGCUUUUUACGUAUAUUUAUAUAUAGAAAAAGAUAAACAAAAAAGCUUUUUUUAAUACAACGUAAAUUUUGUAUUAACAAAGUUUAUUCAUUAAUAAAAAAAUUCCAUUCAUUCCGGAAGUAAAUUCUUCAUUUUAAAACACCCUGUAUAUUAUAUUACGUAUACGAACAUACAUAAUAUAACCAAUUUUAUCACACAAUUCGAUUUGGAACAAUUUCAAAUAAUGUAAAUGUUAAUAUUUUUUCUUUAUAAUGCUACAAUUAUUAAUGAACCCUGUAUGAUGCAACACAAAAAAUUAGCGUCUCUUUAACAUUCAACUUGUGCCUUCCUUGUUAGAAUGUUUCCAGACACAUA